UCACGUCAGUUGACUUGACGCUAGUCCGCUAACUUCUGUGUGUGGUCAGCCAAGCGAAGCAUGGGGGUCCUUUGACUCUCUCGUUUUUUAUACUCGCUAAACGAUGAAAACGCCAUAGUGUGUUGUGUUGAUAUGCUCGAUAUUUGCUGUUAUAUCUUUUUAAAAAAGAAAAACGGAAACAACAACAACAACAACAACAAGAGCCUGUGCGGAGCGGCGAUCUCUCCUCCGUAUCCCUCACCUCCUCCCCCGACCAGCGUCCUGUGAAACCCUGCUAGCUAUGAUGUGAUUAUGAACAACCGCCGUCAAAGGGAAGUUAUAAUUGACAUUAUCACAGCUGAAUGGCUACAAUAGCGGCUUGUCCGACCUCGUUUAACGCCUUGCAUGCUGCUUAUUUCGUUAGCAAUUUGAGCUCCGCGUCGGGAGGAACCGCUAUAUUUUCUUGGCGGAAAUAACCGAAGAGACCGCAUCCACAGCACUGUAGUUCACGUCCACAAAAAACAAGAAAAACAAGAAAAGAAAGAUGUCUUUCUUUAAUUUUCGGAAGAUAUUCAAGUUGGGGCCCGAUAAAAAGAAGAAGCAGUAUGAACAUGUACACAGAGACGUUAACCCAGAGGAAAUCUGGGACAUUAUUGGUGAACUGGGAGAUGGAGCGUUUGGCAAAGUGUUUAAGGCUCAGAACAAGCAGAACGGGACCCUCGCUGCUGCCAAGGUUAUUGACACAAAGACAGAGGAUGAGUUGGAGGAUUACAUGGUGGAGAUUGACAUUUUAGCCUCCUGCGACCACCAUCACAUCGUCAAACUGCUGGAUGCCUUCUAUUUCGAAGGCAAACUUUGGAUCCUGAUUGAGUUCUGUGCAGGUGGUGCAGUGGACGCCAUCAUGUUGGAACUGGAGAGGCCCCUGACAGAGCCACAGAUCCGUGUUGUGUGUAGGCAGACCUUGGAGGCCUUGAUUUACCUCCAUGAGAACAAGGUCAUCCACAGAGACUUGAAAGCCGGAAACAUUCUUCUCUCCUUGGAGGGAGAAGUGAAACUGGCUGACUUUGGGGUGUCUGCUAAAAAUACCAAGACGUUACAGAGAAGAGAUUCUUUCAUCGGCACUCCAUAUUGGAUGGCCCCAGAGGUAGUAAUGUGCGAGACUUCCAAGGACCGUCCGUAUGACUACAAGGCCGACAUCUGGUCCCUCGGGGUAACCCUGAUAGAGCUGGCGCAGAUUGAGCCGCCCAACCACGAGAUGAAUCCCAUGAGAGUGCUGCUGAAAAUAGCCAAGUCCGAGCCGCCCACACUCAUGCAUCCCUCUCGCUGGUCACCAGAAUUCAACGACUUUCUGCGCAAAGCGCUUGAUAAGAAUGUGGACAAUAGGUGGGGCGCAGUACAGCUUUUGCAGCACCCUUUUGUCACCAGUGUUACUAAUAGCAGACCUCUCAGAGAGCUCAUCGCCGAGGCCAAGGCUGAAGUUACUGAGGAGAUCGAGGAUAGCAAAGAGGAGGAGGAGGAGGAAGAGCCUGAUACACCUGUGGCGGCUCCUGGGCACAAGCGAGCGCCAUCAGAUGCCAGCGUGGCUAGCUCAGAGGACGACAAAGUCCCACCAACUCCCUCCACACUGGAAUCUGUUACAGAAAAGACGGAGGUCGAACCUGCUGAGGACCGGACCAGUGAUAAGCUCUCUGAUGAAGGACUGGGAACAAGUGAAGUAGACAAGACUGAGGAGGAGAAACUCAAUGAGGUGUCCGAUGUCAGUAAUGAAGACCUGGCUCCUGGGUUAAUAGAGCCCAUCAAGGACAUCUCACAAGAGCCUACAGAACCUAAACCAGACGAUGGUCAAGCUGAAGAGAUUCCCGCUGAGCCUGAAGUAUCCCAGCCAGAAGAACCUGUAAAUACAGUGGAUACUGAAGAACUUGUCACAGAUGGUCAAGAAACAGAGGAGGAACAGAAGGAGACACAAGAAGACAAAACAGAGGACGAACCUACCCAAGUAACAGAAGAAGAAAGAGAGCCAGAGGAGGUAAAAGAAGAGGGAGUAAUAGAAGCAGGUACAGAAAAAUCUAGAGAACCACAAGAGCAACCUGAAGCUACACCUGGAGAACCAGAAUCCAUACCAGAAGAAGCGGCACAAGUAGAAGAAGAAAGCAAAGAGCCAGAUGAAGAGAUGACUCCGCAUGAAGCAACAAAAGACAGAAUAGAAGACACAGCUAAUGGCACAGAUGUAAAUACAGACACAGAAAAUAUAGAAUCAAAUGAACAAAGAAAAAUAAAUAGAGACACGGACACAAAGGCUAUUGUGGACGAGCCUGCCGCUGAGGUUUUGUUGGAGAAGGAGGCCAUAGAAAUUCAGCCAGAGGAGAAGCCUGAGGAAGAGACGCCUGAGGAGGCAGAGCAGCCUGAACAAGACAAUCACCCCAGAGAGGAGGCUGAAGUGGAGGAAGAGGCACCGACUGAAUACACAAAUGGAGUCAAAGAUGAAGCCAAAGACACUGAGGAUUCAGAACAAGUGGUCCCAUGUAAAGAUGUCCCUGUUAAAGAGGAUGAAGAGAAAGCCACUCGUGCUGAUGAGAGCACUUCCCAAGAUGCUGUUUCUGUCCCAGAGAGUGAAACAGAUUCAGAAAGCAAGAUCGAGCAUGGAAGUCCUGCUGUGAUCAAGCCGGACGUGGAGAAGGACUCUGAUUCUGGAAGCAGCUCUGCUGCUGAUAGCAACAGCCUUGACCUCAAUCUCUCCAUCUCCAGCUUCCUGUCCAAGAGCAAAGAAGGGGGCUCUGUGUCUAUGCAGGAGUCAAAACGUCAGAAGAAGACGCUGAAGAAGACACGUAAGUUCAUGGUGGAUGGUGUGGAGGUCAGUGUGACAACAUCAAAGAUAGUGACCGAUAACGACACCAAGAGCGAAGAGAUGAGGUUCCUGAGGCGGCAGGAGUUGAGAGAGCUGCGCCUCUUGCAGAAAGAGGAGCAGAGGGCACAGCAGCAGCUGAGCAACAAGCUGCAGCAGCAGAGAGAGCAGAUCUAUCGGCGCUUUGAACAGGAAACUACUGCUAAGAAGCGUCAAUAUGACCAAGAAGUGGAGAAUCUGGAGAAGAAGCAGAAGCAGACCAUUGAGCGACUGGAACAGGAUCACACCAGCCGUCUACGCGACGAAGCCAAACGCAUCAAAGCAGAUCAAGACAAAGAGCUCUCCAAGUUCCAAAACAUGCUGAAGAACCGGAAAAAAGAGGCAGUGGCCCAGGUUAUGAUACAGUCUUUUCAGUUGUCCUCAUGCGCACUCUUCAACGCUCAGAUGCAGGAUGAGCAAGAGUUUCUACAGAAGCAGCAGCAAGAGCUGGACGGAGCUCUGAAGAAAAUCAUUCAGCAGCAUAAAAUGGAGAUCGCUACUAUCGAGAGAGACUGCCUCAACCACAAGCAGCAGCUGAUGAGAGCUCGUGAGGCAGCCAUGUGGGAGUUGGAGGAGCGCCACCUGCAGGAGAAGCACCAGCAGCUGAAGCAGCAGCUGAAAGACCAGUACUUCCUGCAGAGACACCAGCUGCUAAAGAGGCAUGAAAAGGAGAUGGAGCAGAUGCAGCGCUACAACCAGCGGUUGGUAGAGGAGAUGAAGAACAAGCAAACCCAAGAGAGGGUUCGACUGCCCAAGAUUCAGCGCAGCGAGGCCAAGACCCGCAUGGCUAUGUUCAAGAAGAGCCUCCGCAUCACCGCCACUGCAGCCGCCACCCCAGAGCAGGAGAGGGAGCGAAUAAAGCAGUUUGCUUCUCAGGAAGAAAAGAGGCAGAAGAACGAGCGGCUGCAUCAACACCAGAAACACGAGAACCAGAUGAGGGAUCUGCAGCUGCAGUGCGACUCAAACAUCAGGGAGCUGCAGCAGCUACAGAAUGAGAAAUGCCACCUUCUGAUUGAACAUGAGACCGAGAAGCUGAAGGAGCUGGAUGAGGAGCACAGCCAAGAGAUAAAGGAGUGGAGAGAGAAGCUCAGGCCCAGGAAGAAGGCGUUAGAGGAGGAGUUCACACGGAAGCUCCAGGAGCAGGAGGUGUUCUUCAAGAUGAGCGGCGAAUCCGAAUGCCUUAACCCCACCACCCAGAGUCGAGUAUCCAAAUUCUACCCAAUCCCGAACCUGCACAACUCCGGUUUAUAGCCUUGUGUCCGUCUGUGCCACAUCACAGACUCUUCCUGGUGGAGCGGCAUCAUUUCUCCGACCGUUACUGAUAAACACGAAAAUGUCUUCACUGCUUCGGUUCCACCAUUAGUGAGCAUGACGUGCCUGCACACCAUGCCUGCACUUUUUGAGCAUGUUCAAAUUUGAAAAAGUCUGCAGUUGGUAGCUAAGGCCAAUCAUGCUUAUCAGAUUAUUGUAAGCACAGCCUGAUACAGUAUGAAUGAUCUCCAGUGCCUCAUAUGUCCUUUUCUUUUCUGCAUUUCGGCUCCUUCCUGUGUUUUCUACAGCUUGCAGUAAAUACAGAGCCCUCUGAACGCCUUGCACUUAAAUAACUGGUUUUUAUGUCCACCCAUAAUCUACCACAAAAAAUGCUGAGAGAUUAUUUUAAUCAGUUUCACAUAAACUGGUCAUUAAGUCGACUCUGAGAUCUUAUUGUGCUGCAUGUAAGGCAGAGCGUGGUUUAGGAGAGAUGUGCUGAUGAGUCAGUGGCCUCGAAAGAAAAUCAUCCGUAGUUGUGAGACUUUGUUAUGUCUGUGUAGUCUCACAGCACCGUGUUGGGAUCAUAAAGGCUGUGAGUUCAAAUUAAAAGGAAUGUACUGUGUUGUAAAUGAUGCGUUGAAUGAAAUGUUACAUGUGUGCACCCACAUAUGAAACUUACUCAGAUACUGUGCUCAUACCAUGAGGAGUUUACGGUCUCAAUAACAAAAAUAUACCUGUUGUAUUUCAGUGCUGUACUCUCUAACUCACUUUCCCUGCUUUAGUUGAACACAGAGGCUGUUACUUCCCCGAGAAUGAUGAAAUACUUUUUUUUGUUUGUUUAAUUAUUACUAUAGAACAUAAAUCACUUUACCUUCUGGGAGCAGUGGUCUCACAAAAUGAAUGCUUAGUUGUGAAGACAAAUGAAUACUAAAGGAAUGUAAAGGCUGUUGAUUUGCACUGUUUUGCCACAUGAGCUAAAGAAAAAAAAUAUGCAGUAGUAAACUGUCAAUGUGUUUUUGACAGAGUCACCUUUAUUAGUCUACCCAAACUCCAAACUGACUAAAUUUAUACAACAUUUCGCCUCUCAUUAUUUGACCCUUAUUU